AUGUUUUCGGUGGCGACACAGGUGGCCGUAUCUCGGCGAGUGCAGAGGUACAAGCUCGCAUUGCGCGGGCGUCAAGACGCCGAAAACAGGCGAACAAGAUCGACCUCGAACCAGUCAACGCCAAUGAUAUGGGGAUGGAGUGUAGACGCAUCGUAGAACGCGUUUUCGUUUGAAGUUGACGUCUUGUUUGAGAGUAGAUGUGACAGAUUUGCGUAGAAUAGGGUAAGAUGUUAUCAUGAACGGAGAUGAAAGGGCUUUUCCAACACGGAGAUGUAGCAUGGAUCAAAGCAUUUGUUGGAUUUCAGCUUUUACAAGCGGACAUCAACGCAGUAGUAUUUUAGCAAGCUUACGAACGCAUAUAGGAUACCAUCAGGAUU